AAAUAUCAAUAAUGUGCAUUCGAUCAAGUUAAAGUGCCUGAGAGAGCUAUUUUCGAGUAGCUUCAACCAGCUGUGAGCUCUGACGUGGAAAGAGAAAAGGAGCUGGGCAAAAGGAGAGAGACGCUUAACUUUUGGCGGGAGGAAGAAUCCAACGUAACCCAAGCGUUUCAUUGAGAGCGGAGUUCACCGGAGUUGUGAAACGAAACCAGAAAUUGCGACUGCGAUUGCCCAACAGAAAGACCAUGUCCUCAUCCGAUGGAAAACUUCGAUACGACGGCCGUGUGGCGGUGGUGACGGGAGCUGGCGCCGGUUUGGGCCGGGAGUACGCCCUGCUCUUCGCGGAGCGUGGCGCCAAGGUGGUGGUCAACGAUCUGGGUGGCACCCACUCGGGCGAGGGUGCCUCGCAGCGGGCCGCCGACAUUGUGGUGGAGGAGAUUCGUAAGGCCGGCGGCGAAGCGGUGGCCGACUACAAUUCGGUCAUCGAUGGGGCAAAGGUCAUUGAGACGGCCAUCAAUGCAUUCGGACGCGUCGAUAUCCUGGUCAACAAUGCCGGCAUUCUGCGCGACAGGAGUCUGGCGAAGACCAGCGAACAGGACUGGAAUCUGGUCAACGAUGUGCAUCUGAAGGGCAGCUUUAAGUGCACCCAGGCAGCAUUCCCGUACAUGAAGAAGCAAAACUAUGGCCGCAUCAUCAUGACCUCGUCCAACUCGGGCAUCUAUGGUAAUUUCGGACAGGCCAACUACUCCGCCGCCAAGAUGGGUCUCGUCGGAUUGGCCAACACGGUGGCCAUUGAGGGAGCCCGCAACAACGUUCUUUGCAACGUCAUCGUGCCCACAGCAGCCAGUCGUAUGACCGAGGGCAUCCUGCCCGACAUCCUCUUCAACGAGCUGAAGCCCAAGCUGAUUGCUCCCGUGGUGGCCUAUUUGUGCCACGAGUCUUGCGAGGAUAAUGGCAGCUAUAUCGAGAGUGCCGCCGGCUGGGCCACCAAGGUGCACACCGUUCGCGGACAGGGCUCAGUGCUGCGUCCCUCGCUGGAUGAUCCCGUGACCAUUGAGUACGUCAAGGAUGUGUGGUCCAAGGUGACCGAUAUGUCCAAGGCCAAGCACUUGGGCGCCAUCGCAGAGGCCUCCGGCACCCUGCUUGAAGUGCUUGAGAAGCUCAAGGAAGGCGGCGGCGACGCCGUGGAGGAUACAUUCGAGUUCAAUAGCAAGGAGCUUAUCACCUACGCCCUGGGCAUUGGGGCAUCCAUCAAGAACGACAAGGACAUGCGCUUCCUGUACGAAAACGAUGCCGAUUUCGCCGCCAUUCCGUCUUUCUUCGUUCUGCCCGGUCUUCUGCUGCAAAUGUCCACCGACAAGCUGGUCAGCAAGGCUUUGCCCAGCAGCCAGGUGGACUUUACCAACAUUCUGCACGGUGAACAGUACCUCGAGAUCGUCGACGAUCUGCCCACCAGUGGCACAUUGUUGACCAGCGGCAAGGUAUUCGAUGUUAUGGAUAAGGGAUCUGGCGCCGUGGUCGUCACCAACUGCGAGUCUUUCGACGAAAAUGGUCGCCUGUUGGUGCGCAACCAGACCAGCACUUUCGUUGUCGGCGCUGGCAAAUUCGGCGGCAAAAAGGAGCCCAUCGCCGGAGUCGUUCCACUGCAGCCGACUCCCAACCGCCAGCCGGACGCAUCCGUUCAGUACGCGACGAGCGAGGACCAGGCAGCGCUGUACCGCCUAUCCGGCGACAAGAACCCCCUGCAUAUCGAUCCCCAGAUGGCCCUGCUGGCCGGCUUCAAGACACCCAUUCUCCAUGGACUCUGCACACUGGGCUUCUCGGUGCGCGCCGUGCUCGCUCAGUUUGCGGACAAUAACCCUGCUUUGUUCAAGGCUGUGAAAGUUCGUUUCUCCGGACCCGUGAUUCCGGGCCAGAGCUUGCGCGUGGACAUGUGGAAGCAGGGCGCACGCAUCAACUUCCGCACCGUGGUGGUGGAGACAGGCAAGGAGGUCAUUUCCGGCGCCUACGUCGACCUAAAGAGCUCACAGGCCAAGCUGUAAACUGAUCACAAAGAGACAUAGUCUGCCUUAAAUGCGAUGCAUCAUCAUUGAUUCGGUUUGCGUCCGUUUACUUUGUACAUACAAACAACCAAUAUGCCUAGACAUAUGCAAUUAUUAAACACCCGUGGUGGUAGAAGUAUUGUUUUUCUUACACUUUUAUAAAACUCCCAAUAAAACAUAAAAUAACUGACAAA